CAUUCAUUUGAUUCACUUGAAUGGUACUGAAGAGCGUCCGCGAAUUCUGCGCUGCGAUCUACUUGGCCACUAAAGACAGGGUCCCGCUACAACCGUGGGUCGCCGCUCAGUAAGCCGCUACUCGUGGCGAAAGCAAGUCGCGAUGUUACUCGUCGGGGCCGCUGUAAUCGCGGCAUGUGCCGUUUGCCUCUUUUACGGCUUUCUCUCCACAUUAACAUUAUCUGUUUGUUUAGUGUUAGUGUAUGUUGCUUUGUUCCACUGGAGAUGGUGCUACGUCGCCCUGAGGACUGCCCCGAGGGAUAUCGCAGCCCUAAUAUGCUACGUGAAACUGUUAUGGCUGACAAGGCAGCUAACAAAGAAAAACUGGACAAUACCAGAUGCAUUCCAUGAAACUGUGGGAUGUCAUCCAAACAAACCAUGUUUUCUACAUCAAGAUGAAGUGUGGACUUUUAAGGAGGUGGAAGACUUCAGCUUGCGCGUAACAGCCGUGCUGAGAGCGCAAGGCGUAAAAAAGGGCAGCGUGGUGGGCAUCCUGAUGAGUAACUGCCCGCAACUGCCCAGCACCUGGCUGGGGGCGGCCCGGCUCGGGGCCGUCUGCCCGCUCAUCAAUACUAAUCAGCGUGGGAACGCGUUAAUACACUCUGUCAACGUCGCUAAUUGCGAUGUAGUCAUAUUCUCAGAGGAAUAUCAAACCGCAAUUCAAGAGGUAGCUGGUCAAUUGAGUCCAUCACUGAAAUUAUUCAAGUUUGUUCACCGGCCCCUCAAUACCGCCAGCCCUGAGGCCAAAUCGAGCGGCGACCAGAUACCUGACCUGACGUCUUUGCUGGAGACCACGCCGCCUGCUCCGUGGUCCUUGGCUGAUGCUGAUGGGUUCCAUGGAAAACUCCUAUACAUCUACACAUCUGGAACCACUGGAUUGCCCAAAGCUGCUGUUAUUUCAAGCUCCAGAUUCGUGUUUAUGGCAGCGGGCCUCCACUACCUGGGCGGUAUAACCCCCGACGACACAGUGUACUGCCCCUUGCCCCUGUACCACACCGCGGGAGGCGUCAUCAGCGUCGGCCAAGCACUGCUCUUCGGCUGCACGGUGGCUGUGAAGGCCAAGUUCUCCGCCUCGCAGUACUUCCCGGACUGCAUUAAAUAUAAAGCUACGGUGGCGCACUACAUCGGUGAGAUGUGCCGCUACGUGCUGGCGACGCCGCCCGCGCCGACCGACAAGCAACACUCCGUACGCACCAUUUUCGGCAACGGCAUGCGCCCUCAGAUCUGGAACGAAUUCGUGACAAGGUUCAAUAUCAAACACGUUGCUGAGUUUUAUGGAGCAACCGAAGGAAACGCUAAUAUAGUGAAUAUCGACAGCAAACCCGGAGCAAUCGGCUUCGUGUCCAGGAUCAUUCCGAAGGUGUACCCGAUCGCGAUCAUUAAGGUCGACCAGGAGACCGGCGAGCCCAUCCGGGACGCUAAUGGACUUUGUCAGUUAGCGCAGCCAGAGGAGCCAGGCGUAUUCAUCGGCAAAAUAUCGCCCAACAACCCCGCGCGUGCCUUCCUGGGCUAUGUCGACAAGUCCGCCUCCGACAAGAAGAUCGUCAGAGACGUCUUCGCCAAGGGAGACUCGGCGUUCAUCUCCGGUGACAUCCUAGUGGCAGACGAGCUGGGCUACCUGUACUUCCGCGACCGCACGGGCGACACGUUCCGCUGGCGCGGCGAGAACGUGAGCACCACCGAGGUGGAGGCCGCCGUGUCGCGCGUCGCCGCCCAGAGGGACGCCGUCGUCUACGGAGUCGAGGUUCCGAACACGGAGGGUCGCGCGGGGAUGUGCGGCGUCGUGGACGUCAACGGGACCCUGGACUUGGACCAGCUGGCCGCCGACCUCGCCAAGGACCUGCCCGUGUACGCCCGCCCCGUCUUCAUGCGGGUCAUGCCCAGCAUGGACAUGACAGGUACAUUUAAAAUGAAGAAAACUGACUUGCAAAAAGAAGGUUUCGAUCCUGCCCUAGUGAAGAAAGACAAGCUUUACUACCUCGACUCGAAGUUGGGCCGAUACCUACCGCUAGGCUCCCAAGAGUAUGAAAAAAUUGUGAACGGACAAAUAAGAAUAUGAAAAGGAAUUUUGUAGUAAAAGAUGUUUUUACGUAUCGUCUGGUUUAGACGUGAAGGUUCUUCGAUAGUUUUUAUAGUAUUUUUAGUGAGUGGCGUCCUUACUGUAUUUAUGAAAAAAGUUUACUAAAUGUUGAUUCUGAGCAAUUAAUCGCACUGAGCUUAAGACUUAACCAUAGUUAAAAUAUUAGAAAGUGUUGGUUAAACUAAUGAUGUACUAGGUGGCUGUAUCUCAGUAAUAUAUUACAACAUAUCCAUCUACCACAUGUUACCUGUCUGUAACAAUAAUUUUAUAACAAUAUAAAAAAAAAUUGACACAUUUAAUACCAUAAGCUUCCUUCAUAAUCAGGAUACUUGCAAAUGUGUGUCUUUACUCUGUACGUUGCCCGUUUUAUUGAAGCAUUAAAUUGAAAAGAAAAUUACUACGAAACUAUAUUCUUGCUAUAUGCUUUUGAUUGUACUUUCUAGAUCUGUCUCGAUUAAGAUAGAUAGCGGUUGUGAUAUCGGGACGAAUUACUCAAAUGUCUCAAAUAAUUAUUUUGUUUCUGUCUCUCGUUAGAUGGAGUUGAGGCGGAAGUUGCUAAUAUCGUAGGUUCGUGAAUAUCAACUACCUUAAUUAUUCUAAGGAAGUAAAAAUCAAAUACACGUCCUAUUUUUUCGUACGAGAAAACGCGUACACGAUAGCAAUUUUUACAACAACUUCUUAGUAGGUAGGUACUUAAGUAGGUAAGAAAACGGUAGUUUUAAUGGUGUUUGGGAUGUAUUUUAUUGUUUUUUCCCUUUGGUUUUGGUCAAGAACUGGGAACUAGAUGCAUAGGUAGUAGGUACGUUAGUUAGGCGUCUAUAAAAAUAUGAAAACUUUCUUACAACAUCAUCCCAUUUAUAUAAAUUAGUUAAUUUAUUAUUUGCUUGUUACAAGUAAUAGUUCACCAUAAUGAACAUUGUUAUUUGUUUAUCAUUACCGUAAUUGUGUCGAUGCAAAACUGUCAUUUUGUAUGUAUUGUGAUAUUAAUUAUGCUUAAAGCGGUACUAAUUAAGAAUAUGAAAACUAUAUGAACUUAUUGUACUUGUAUUUAUUUCUUUAUUUUAGGUACCAUCACGCUCCGUGAUUGUUGCGCCAUUUAGGGUCCUAGCUAAAUUGGUUGUUCAAUAGUUACUAAACAAUUUCCAGUUUAGCAAGAACCCUAAAUGGCCUAACAAUCCUGUGUGGUCUGUACAUACAAAAUAAAAAUGCAUUAAUCCAAUUGUCUAAGACUGACCGCAUUUGUAAGAAUUUACUUUAGCAUUAUUUUUUUCUUUUCAAAAACCUUAUAUUUAUAAAUAUGUACUGUACAGAUGUUUAAGUAUUUGUAAGUCUUGUGGUCGGAAUACAGUUAAUAUAUUUUC